AUGAAUGAGGCAGCUUUCCGUCUCGCUUGCAAGAUCGGGGACGAAGUGUAUAUGGGCAUCUUCAACGGCUGCGACGAUGUCCCUUAUAAAAUAUGGAGCAAGCUGACAACAAGAUAUGCCGCACCAACAUCCCACAAUCGAAUUCGUGCCUUUAUGAAGAUGGAGCAACUGGAGUUCAAAGGUGACAUGCCCGCGUUCAUAAUUGAGGUCGAGGGCGCCCUAGCGGGAAUGCAGUGCGUUGGAUGGGAUGUGAUGGACCAUAGCACAUGCGGCAAGAUUAUUUUUAAACUCACGAAAGACCGACCUCAGCUACUCGAAAAAUUCUCCUACGAUACAGAGCCCAUGUCCGACCCAUACAUGCUGCUCGAAAGAGUGAGGCAAAUCGAGCUUGACAUGCCAAUCCCAGAAACCAAUACCAACCCCAGGAAGAGACCCCGAAAAAGAUGCAAAGAUGGAAGCCAUAAUCCUCGGGCCAACCACCCUCAACAUCGAUGUUUUGGCCUUCACCCUGAGAUGAGAGCUGCCAAAAAGCUCAGAUCAAGGUCCUGA